AUUGUUUAUCAGGAAAAUGUCUUUGCCAGCCAAAAUAUGAUCAGAAAAUUUGCAAUGAUAGUCAUAAUCUAAUUCUAGACAAAAAUAAAUUUGUCCAUGGUAUACAUACUUUUAAUAAACAAGGAGAUUCUAUUGGUGAUUGCUAUGAGUUUUGUUUAAAUAACAAUAUCCAUGAUUGUAUUGGAUUUAUAUUUAAAGAGCUCAAUGAUGGAAGUUAUAAUUGUCAGUUUUAUAAAGAAAUAUCAUCUUUGGUAUUCAAUAAUGUAUUUUCUUUAAUUCUUUUGAAAAAUAAAAAACUCGCAGUUUGCGGAACAAAUGAAAAUGAAAUACCACUGCUUGAAGCAUGUUAUAACAAACUGUGGGAAGCAAAUGGUUGUUUUGGUGAACAAUUUAAAUUUAAACCUAACUAUCAAUCAAUGACUGUUCUAGAAUUUGAUGAUUAUUCAAAAAAAGUUUUUAACAAGUCUAUAAAUAGAUUUGCAGAGGAUGAAAAUUCAAAUUUCUAUAGACUAAUCUGUUUUGAACAUAUGGAUAGUAAUGAAAUGAAUAUAGCAUUCAAUAGUGAAAUGGUUGAUUAUGUUGGAAACUUUCAAAAUCCACUAUAUCACCCAAAACAUAUUGUAGAUGGUUCACAUUAUAGUAAUAUAACACUUGGUUCUUGUACAGUAUUAAUGAAGUUAAAUACUGAUGAACCCAAAAUUACAAUACAUUUCAAAGGGAAACAUAUCAUUAAAAAAGUAAUUCUAUGGCCAACCAAUCAGCAGACUACUCAACAAUUACAAAUUUAUAUGCAUACUUCCCAUAAUACAUGCUCCGAUAAUGAUAUAUUUUUAGAUAACAAUUCACCAACAACAGUGUUAUGUAAUAAUUUAAAGCAAACUAGAAGUUCUAAUUUAACAGUUCAACCAACACAACAAAAUGAUAUUCUUCAAUUAUGUGAAAUUGAAAUAAUUUCUAAUAACAUAGCCUAUUUGAAAGGAGUUAUUAACAAAUAUGCACAUCGCAAAUUGUCUACAUUAACUGAUGGUCUUACAAAUAUAAACAGAGAAUUGAAAAUUGGAGGGCAAUUUUGGGUUGCAAUUAACCUAUUUGCUUACUACAAUGUUUUAGCUAUUGACUUAAUAUUAUCAAAUAAUUUUCAUCUUUCUUAUCAAUUUGUUAUUGAAGUUACAAAUGAAAAUCCAUAUUUAAGUUAUAAUUCUUCUAAAUAUAGUUUAUGCGGAGAAUAUCCACAUAAUGCAGUGGGUUACUCUUCCUAUCCUGAAAAAUUUAUUUCAUUUUUAUGCCCUAGUAGAGGGGUUAAAGGUCAAUUUGUUGUAUUUAGAAGAAAAACAACUAAUUCUCUUUUAUUUCGAAUACGUGAAGUAGAAGUUUUUGGCAAUUAUAUCAAACAAUCCAAUAAUGAAAAUACAAAUAUAUUGUUACAUAAACCAGUUUGGACAUCUUCUUCAUUUGGUUCAAUAUACACUCCUCAAAGUUUAACUGAUGGUCUAUACAAUAUUUUUUAUCAUUCUAAAGUAUCUUCCAAACAAUGGGCAAGAGUUGAUACGUUUACAAAGUAUACUAUUUUCAGAAUGGCAAUUUUAAAUAGAGAUGAAAAUUUGCACGAUAGAGCGAGGUAUAUUAAUGGUUUAGUGUCGAAUUAUCAAGAUUUUAAUAUUGAGGAAUAUCAUUCUUAUUCCGAAAAAUGUUUUACAAAUAAUGAAGAUUUUUUAAGUGGAGAAUAUAGACUCUGGGAAUGUGAAACGCCAUUUCCGGUCGGCCGUUUUGCAAUCAUUUUUCUAAAUUCCGCGAGUGCUAUCAAUAUUCUUGAAUUAGAAGCGUAUGGUCAAGAAAUUGUUGAUAAUGAUAUGGUUCUCUUACCAGUUACAAAUAUUGAUAGGAGUAAUGAUGCUAAAAGUAUUCAAAAUGGAGAUGAAAGUGAUCAAUAUCCAAUAAAAAUUAUAGAUAGUUUGGCCUUUAAUGCCUUAAAUGAUGGAUUCUUGUCAUGUUCUGGUAAUUUGGCAUCAAGUAGUUUUGAGGAAGGACGAAUAACUCUCUAUAUGGAUAAUCAAUAUUUAAUAAAUCAAAUUGGUGUUCUCAUUCCAUUUGAAGCACCAAAAGAAAAUUUCAAAAAUAUUCAAGUUACAGUUGAAUUAUUCUUCUUCGAUAAAAACUUACAAAAGUCAAUUUGUUCAAAUUUGACAAAUAAUUUUAAAAUAAAGCAAUUGUUAUAUAAAUGCGAAUACAUUGGCGAUAGAGUAUCUCUCUAUAAAUUUGGUGGUAAUGGUUUAAUGCAACUUUGCGAAAUUUACAUUUUUGGUAGGAAACAAUUUGUCGACAAUGAUAAGUCGAUUCGUUCUUUUGCCAAUGUUAUAUAUUCAUUAGAUACUUGGACAAUCUAUUCCAAUUCAAUUUGUGAUAGUUUCUAUCCUACUCAAUAUUAUUUCAUUGAAUUACCAGUUUAUUGUAAAAUAACUGCAAUUGGUUUUCUUUUAAGAGAGAAUGUAGACUUUCAAUCAAAUUUAAAUAUUUUUGCUUUAUCUUAUGGGAUAGAAAUAUUAUGUACAACUUUAGAUAUGCAUCAUCUUCGUGUUGAUAAACCUACAAAUUUUACAUUUCAUUGUAAACAAGAAAUGAUUACAAAAUAUUUAAGAAUUUCAUCAGAAAUCAAAAUGAAUAUUACAUGUGAUUAUUACGUAAUAAGUAAAGAAGUUAUUGGAAUUAUUCCAGUAAAAUAUCAAUUAAAAUACGAAAAAAAAAUGAUUAAACAACCCUACAUCUACUCAACAAUUCGUCAAAUACAAAAUGUUAUAGAAUGUUACAAAAUUUGCAAGAUGGAUAGAGAAGUUUGUCAGAGUUUAGUUUAUUUUGAAACAUUAAGACAAUGCAAUCUGAGUUCUUUUCCAAUUUUUGCAAAUUCAAAUCAAUAUUUAUUAGAAUCAAGUGAUAAUUAUUAUUCCAUAUUAUACAAAAUUGAUAAGAAUUUACUGCAAUUAUGCUAAAAUGCUUAAAAGAGUUUCC